AUGGAUAGAAAUAAUGUUCUAGUACUAGGUCCCCCUAAGUCGGGAAAAAUCCGUUUUGCCCAGUUUAUCUCAGGUGAUUAUGAGACAGAAACCAUAUCCGAUGAUUCACACAGUGGGUUAAUGUAUAAGUGCAACCUAAAGACGAAAUACUUCUCUGUGGAUGUCAAUCUACUAAUAGAGGAAUUCCCUGAAAGCCGGAAAGAACCAGAAGAGAAAUGGAUAAGUUCCCUUCAAACGUGGUUUGGGGAAUUUGAAAGCGAUACGAUGGCAGAUCUCCGGGAAGUCAUCGAAGGAGUGGUUUUCACUGUGUGCGUUAAUGAGUGGGAUGACAACGUUAUUAAACAGCAAUUGGAUAUACUAAGUAAUAUGAAAGAUCUCCUCAAAGAUAAUGAUCCAUUUUUCAUUGUCAUGGGCGUGUCUGAACAUGAUAUAGAACAAGACACGAUGGCAGACCUCGAAGAUUUAGUUUUACUUAAUGGGUUUGAAUUUGUGUACUUUAAUGAUAGCGGCAUGAAUGAGUUCAGGGACAAAAUGGGAAAGGACCGUUUACUCGAAGUUCUAGAAACACAUGAGUGGACACAGAAGCAUUUAACACAUGUGUCAAAUGAAGACUACAUGGCAUACAAGAAAGAGAAAAUGACACUGAUGACUCAAGGUUUACUACAGGAAGACGAUUGCAAUAUUCCAACAUUGGAUGUCUUGCUUCAAAAGUUACAGAUAGAAAAGCUGAAGGUUGAAGAAAUGAAGGAAAAUGAGAGAAAAGGCUACGUCGAUGGCUUGGUGGAUGAGUUUCUUGAAUAUUUUUGA